AGUGUAAGAUCUGUGUCAAACACACGUCGAGCUGCUGAAGGUGGGCAGGCACAACUCACGACGCUGCUGGAUCUCGUUCACAUAAAGGAACCGGAUCCUAAAGCCGAGUCGUACGAAACCAACACAUCACCAGCAGAAAACAAGGGGGGAGGAAAGGAAAGAAGGGGGGAAAGAAGCGAGAGAGGAAGGAGGGAAGAGAGGAAGGUAAGAAGGAGGGAGGAGAGGAAGGUAAGGAGGAGGAGGGAGCGGAAUUAGUCAGUGAUAGAGGGGAGGAGAGGAGGCGAGGCGGCGGGUUGUUCUGCCGAGGUGGACGUGGCGGGUCCGGCGGAGGGAGCUACAAGUGACGGCCGAGCCAUGAACCGGACCAUGAACCGGACCCCCCGCAGGCUGGUCAGGUGUGGUUGCUGACACCAGCAGGACAUUUGUUGGAUUACUAGAAGAGACGCUCAGGGACACGCCCCCUACCCCUGAGCCCCUCCCCUCUCAGGACGUACAAAUUUCUUUGGAGAAGGGAGGGAGGACGGACUCUGAGGAGGACGAAGAAGGUGUUGACCAAGAGUGAGGUGAGGAGGGUUAGCUCCGCCCCCCCACCAUGACAGACUUAGAGAGUGAGUGUUUGGGCCUGGAUUGCGGGUCCCCUCCCCCGCCUCUGGACUCCUCCCUGCAGGUGGACUGCGGCCCAGGAACAGGCUCAUCGGCCCCGACGCAGACCCUGGCCCUCCUUUCCUCGGACUGCCCCACCCCCACGCUCAGCUCGCUGGCGGCAGAGAUUGCCGAGCCGCUGGUGAUGCUGCCGUGCGUAAAGAGCGAGCCCGAGGACGGAGACCUGGAGCCCAUCUGUACGGUGGACCUGUCCGAGAUCCAGCCGCUGUCCACCGCCGAGCUUGGCCAGGACCAGAUCAAGAUGGAGAUCAGUGGCCUCGACUACAUCAAGUCUGAGCAUCUCGGCCACCACGGGAACCACCACCUGAGCCACUUCCACCAUGGGGACGUGUCGGAGCUGGAAUACAAGUCGCACUACGAGCCGAGCUCUGUGUUCGACUACAUUUCCCAGGUGACAGACACAUUGGAUUACAUAAAGUCAGACCACCAUGUGGACCUGCAGUGUUACUACACCGAGCUGGGCUCCCUGAAGUGCGAGUACCCCGACUCCAAUGCCAUGGCGGGUCCGCACAACGGCCUGGAGUCGAUCCACAUGGCAGAGCUCCGCACCGAGCUGAACAAGCUGCGACCCGACGCAGUGCUCCUGGACAGCAUGGGGAAAAUGGAUCCUGAGUUUGGUGGAGGGACGCUGUACGAGCUGCAGCCGGCCCAGGACGGGAAGACUUCAUCAGACGGGACGGGGGCGAGUGGGCAGACAGGGGGUUCCAUCCCAACAACCAAAUCCCAGAACCCGACAGUGAGGAAACCCAGGAACAUGCAGGGCGAGAAGCCGUUCUCCUGCACGCAGUGCUGCAAGAGCUUCAGCACACUGGGGAACCUAAAGACGCACCAACGCAUCCACACAGGGGAGCGGCCUUACACCUGCUCGCAGUGCGGGAAGAGCUUCGGCCAGGCCGGGAACCUCAAACGCCACCAGCUGAUCCACACGGGCCAGAAGCCGUAUGUGUGCGCGCACUGCCCCAAAGGCUUCACCAAGGCAGACGACCUGCGCUCACACCAGCGGCUUCACACGGGCGAGCGGCCGUUCAUCUGCGUCACCUGCGGGAAGAGUUUCGGCCAGUCCAAGGAGCUGAAGGCCCACCAGCUGAGCCACACGGGCGAGCGGCCAUUCUGCUGCCAGCACUGCGGAAAGAGCUUCACCAAGGAGACCAGCUACAGGAACCACGUGCAGAUCCACACGGGUGAAAAGCCCUUCACCUGCUCACAGUGCGGAAAGACGUUCAGCAACUCAGGUGUUCUAAAAACGCACGAGAAGAUCCACUCUGGGGAGCGGCCGUUUGGCUGCACGCAGUGUGGGAAGAGCUUCGGCCGCCUCGGACACCUGAAGGCACACCAGCAGAUCCACACUGGGGAACGGCCGUACGCCUGCCCUCAGUGUGGGAAGACUUUCAGCCAGUCUGGCCACCUCAAAGCUCACGAGCAGAUCCACAAGCGAGAGCGUGUGGACACGGCGAGCAGCAGCAGCAGCAGCAGUGUGGGCAGCGACAGCAGCUAAAAGCGACUGUUUAACACCCUUUAACCUCGCGCAAAAACACAAAGUAUUAUCCUCUUUUUUUAUGAAAACAUAUAUAAACCUUUUCCUUAUCAACCUUUUCUUACAUUUUCAUACCUUUUGUGCUCUUUUUAUCUGUGGGCAGGGUGGAGUUUGACUCAUUUGCUCUUAUGCAAGUGUCUCCGUGUGUAUGUUGUGUUUGCGUGUGUGUGCGUCUGGCGUGUGCGUGUGUCGAUUCUCUGUAAACUGGUAUGAGUGUCAAGUCCAGGUCCCCAGGACUUACUUUGGAGUACUUACUGAUACACAAGCACAAAUACUGCAGUACCCCACUCUGAGUACUUCAUGUUUUAUUUACUGAAUCAAACCAGCAGCUUCGGACGGACCAGGACCCGGUUCACUGAGAAACCAGCUAGGUCUGCACAGGGUUUCAAAGAGCAGUACUUCACGGAAAGUACUUCAUAGAGAGUAUUUGUACAAGUCUGAGGUAAUGAAGAUACUUCAGAGUGAUGUUGUGUGUAAAUGUUACCGUAUAUGGUAUCCAACGCCAUCAGUCAGUGUUUGGCUCGUUUCCAUGGAUUAAUCCAGGUGUAUUUGCCACCGAGAUAAAAUCCAGAGAAGAUUUAAAGGUGACAUAUCAUGCAAAAUCAACUUUUGAAUGGUUCUCUACCUGAAAUAUGUGUCCCUGGCAUGUCUACAACCCCCUCGAAAAUGAAAAAAAAUCCAUUCUGCCCGUUUUGAUUUCUCCACCUUUCUGUAAAUGUGUGCUGAAACGAGCCGUUUCAGUUUUCUGUGGUUCUUUUAAGUCACAACGCCAUCCGGUCUGUAACGGAAGUCAGAGCUCAGAGCUUGUUCAGCCCAUAGACUGCAUAAAAUACAACUCAACCCCUCCUCCGUUUUUCAUUACCUGCACACAUGUGUGCUAACAAGGAGCUUAGGAGGGAGGCAUGCUAGCUGUAGGCUGUCUUAAUAAACACAAAGGUCGGUUUUACUCCCCACGUCUGCAGAUUUGAAGAUCUAGUGGAUGAUUUUUAUUUUUCAUGGAUAAGUGCUAGCGCUAGUUAGCAUAGCCACAUAGCUACAUGUUUGUCGCUGUGUACAAAGACACAUGUCGACAUACUGACAAAUAAAACAACAAGAAACACUAAAUCUGUGACCAAUCGUUCAGAAAGGUCCUGCUGCAGGCGCUUCUCCGUCAGGAUCAGAUUCUGGAUCAGAUUCAGAGGGUUGAAGUAACGCGGGUCUGUGAGCAGCCGUGUAUAUUCAGCCAACAUGUAAACAUUAGAUCAACGUGCUGGAGAGCUGAGGCCACAUCCACUUCCUGAGGGGGCGUGGUCAGAGAGCUCAUUCUCAUUUAAAGGCACAGACACAGAAAACAGCCUGUUCUGAGCAGGGCUAAAAAAGAGGGGUUUACAGGCAGACCAAAAUCUGAUUUCAAAGUGUUUUUUUGAGCAAUAAACUUUAAAGACAUGUUUUGGGGACCUCUUAGACCAAUAUAUUUUGAUGAUAAAGGGCAUAAUAUGUCACCUUUAACAUAUUUGAUGACAAAUCCGUCUUUUAGUUUUUUGCCUUUUAUGACUCAAACUUAAGUCUUCCAGUCCAGAAGGAGGCACUAAUAUUCUGAAUACAAGAUUAGACAGUAAUGAGAUCAGCUGUUUCUUACUUUAACACAAAGACACAAUGUUAGGCUCUUUAGGAGCGAUUGAUUUGUGCUUUUCAGUGGUUAAAGGAAUACAAGGGAUAUUGAGAGGUGAUAUCCAGGUGUGUAACAAUGUCAAUCUAUCCAGUUACACAUCCGUCUAAAUCAAUCCGAUCCACUAAGAGUUUAACGAGCAUCAUCCAACAGCAGCAUCUCAAACUAGCACUGCUUAUCGUUAAUAUUCAGCAACACGUCACCAUCAGUUCUGUCAAUUUCUGAAGCCAAGACUGAUUCAGACAUGUAGGUGAUUGUUUUUUUAAUACUGCCAAAAAAAAAAAAAGUGGCCUCUAAGCUUCUUCAGCCUGAAUGUGUGUUUGAUUUUAUUCUCUAAUUUAAUUAAAACCAUUUGUGUGACAAAUAAGACAUUGACAGAAAACAGGACAUCUGUGUUAAAGAUCAGACUUUUGUAGGUUGAUACUUCACAUCAUUUCUACACAGAUUUUCUUUUUGUAACCUGAGCUCCUUUUCUGAAAUGAAAACGCUUUUUCUCCGAUGUUUUUGGUGAACAGGGUCCUGGUUUAGACUCCUCAGUAUAAGUAUUUAAGUACUUUUCAAUCUCUGCCAAGCAUAAAUGGGUACUUACUUUGGAGUACUUGCUGCCAGUUUACAGACAUUUCCUUACAGGUGUGGGUACCUGCAGGUGUACACUCUGUUACUGUACUGUCAAAAAUCUGAUGAUAUAAUUUUGAUAUUUUUAUGGAAUAGUAUUGAUUGAAUAAUUGAUCAGGAAGCAUUGAUCUCUUUGUUGUUGAUGAUAAUCUGCUGAUGACAUUCCUUCAAAUCAUUCCAGUCACAUGAUGAACUCGAGCAGGACCAAACACAUCAUCCCCCCCCUCCUCCUUCAGAUCGCUCACUGUGUACAAAUCUUCUAUUGAUAACGUCAUUCCUAAAAAAAUAUUAAAAUUUGAAAAAAAAAAAAACUGCAGCAAAAAAGAGCAAAGUGAUGCAGCAUCUU